AUGUCGAAAGUGGUCAGAAGACUCACGUACGUGCACGUGAACGACGAUGGGCGCCCCUUCUCCGUGCAGACUUGGUCCGAGCGGCUCUUGUUAGUAAAGGAGACAGCUCACGAAUUACAACAGAAGUAUCUGGCAUCCUGUGACAAUGCCACGAGAUUCCAAGCCUUCGCACGAGCUGUGGGAGAUGGCAUGCUGAUAACAAUGCAGCUUCUUGCUCGCCGUCCAGUUCACCGAUACUUGGGUACACGCGCACCACCAGAGCAGGAGAUCGAUAUUUUGGAGUUAUCACUGGAUGUCUUAGAACAGGGCACAAUGAAGUUUUCGACCUCUGAAUUUGCCGCCUGGAAGUGGUUUGCGUGGUCCAAGUGGUAUGCUGUGGCGAUUCUUCUUUCGGAGCUUUGCCAAUAUACCUGCGGUACACUCCAUGACAGAGCAUGGACAGCUGCGGAGAGGGCUUUUGCCAUCUACAAGCAGUCGGAGCAGCCCGGACCUUUGUGGACCGCCAUGGAACGUCUGAAACACAAGGCAGACUCCCGCAGACCGCUAAGCAACGAAAACAUACGCGCAGAAGAUGUCGGCAACGAUGAGCACAACGGCAAUCUCGAUUCAUCUGAGUAUCAUUCACCACCAUUUGCGACAUUGCCAGAAACCUAUGCGAUGAUCAGCUGGGAUUCCUUCCUGGUCGAUGCGACAAAUAACGACUUCUUGGAAUUUGCUGAAUAA